UCUUCACUUCCGCCUCCUACAGUCGUAAACAUGGCGACGGCUACGGCACCAACUCCGGCAGAGCGGACGCCUACAAAACCUCCUGCAGGACCCCUACCGUUUGACUUCAGCGAGCCUCCGGUUAUUGAAGGAUUCACUCCACUGCCGAGGAUCAGAGCGGAGACUUUCAAAGAAAAAUUCAUCAGAAAAACCAAGGAGAACCCCUUUGUUCCGAUAGGUUGUUUGGGAACAGCAGGAGCACUCAUUUACGGCCUCCGUGCCUUCUACCAGGGGAAAACCAGACAGUCCCAGCUGCUGAUGAGGGGACGUAUCUUUGCUCAAGGCUUCACCGUAGUUGCUAUAGUUGUUGGUGUUUUUACCACAGCUAUGAAACCCAAGCAGUGAAGAGAAGCAGAUUCCACACAUCCUGAAUUCGACUUGGAGUCAGCCCAGAUAUGCCAUGAAACCGGACUGCUAUUAUAUGAAUGACAUUAAUAAAUAAUUUUAAGCCUUGUUCCAUUACUUAUGUUAAGGCCAAUGCUAUUUAUUAUUGUUGUUCGCGGUGUGAGAAGCCUUUUGCUUCAGGUUGGUGCUGAAGAGAAAAUAGAAACUGAUGCAGAAAUGAGCCAAAAUACUAGUAAAAUAUAACUAUUUUGCUCUUUCUGUUGCGGGAAUUUAGUUUAAGCUGUCCCCAUGUAUUGUCACAGAAAUGUAUGACUGUCUCAGAGUAAACUCAACUCUAAACACAGUGUUGUGCUUGUGUUUCAGACAAAAUAUCACACUUACACAUAUAUUCAGUGCUCAUCUAUUUUCGUAUAUAACCUUUAUUGAAGAAGCUAAGAUUAAAUACGUCAUUGUGAAAGUU